GGUUGCACUCUGCAAAACAAUGACAAGUAAGAAGAAGAGGAAGAGAUCGACGGUGGAGAGGCCAACCAUACAUCCUCGGAACAAGUACUCCGACAACCCACCCGACUUCGGCCUCUUAGCCUCUUUCUAUCCGACAUUCGAACCCUUCGUCUUCUACUCUCGUGACGGUCGGCCUCGAAUCGAUUGGACCGACUUCAAUGCCACCAGAGAGCUCACUAGGGUUUUGCUCCUCCACGAUCAUGCCCUCAAUUGGUGGAUUCCUGAUGGGCAGCUCUGCCCUACUGUGCCAAAUAGAUCUAAUUACAUCCACUGGAUUGAAGAUAUAUUGUCAUCAGACAUUUUAACAAACACUAAUGCUGAUGGCAAUGGUGAUAUUGUAAGGGGUUUUGAUAUUGGAACCGGGGCCAAUUGCAUAUACCCGCUUCUUGGUGCUUCCCUUCUGGGAUGGAGUUUUGUUGGGUCAGAUGUGACUGAUGUUGCAUUAGAGUGGGCGGAGAGAAACGUGAAAAAUAACCCACAGAUUUCUGAUUUAAUUGAAAUUCGGAAGGUGGACAAUGGUGAGGAGAGAUCUAAUGGUCAGUUGGUUGAUGGGGAAAGUGGUACACACUUGUAUGAUAUUGAGGCUAUUAAGGCAGAGCCUGCCCCUUUAGGUUCACUCAAAUUGCAUUCAGAUGUGAAUAAGAGUUAUCAUGGACCACCUGUACUUCUUGGUGUUGUCAGGGAUGGUGAGAAAUUUGACUUCUGUAUGUGUAAUCCUCCAUUCUUUGAAACAAUGGAGGAAGCAGGACUAAAUCCAAAAACUUCUUGUGGUGGGACUCCAAAGGAGAUGGUUUGUCCCGGUGGAGAGGAGGCUUUUAUCAGUCGAAUUAUUCGAGAUAGUCUUCAAUUGAAGCAGUCUUUUCGGUGGUACACAUCAUUGGUUGGAAGGAAAUCAAACUUGAAGAUUCUGAUAUCAAAACUUCGUGAGGUUGGAGUUACUAUAGUUAAGACAACUGAAUUUGUCCAAGGACGAACUUGUCGAUGGGGGCUUGCAUGGUCAUUCAUGCCUCCUUCCAGGAAGAUAAUUUCGUCUCAUGUGGCUGAGAAGAAUGUCCUAUCUUUCACACUUGAGGGUCUUCAACGAAAAUACAGUGCCAUACAUGUGUUGGAAUCUGUGGAAUCCUUUUUCUGCAGUGCCGGUGCAUCUAGUAAAUCAAAUGCUUCUGCAUUUACCAUUGAUGUAUGCUCUUUCUCUUUUACUAUGUAAUUUGUUUUUUUAUUU